AUGUCAUGCUCGCGUAGGAGUCUCGAGAUGACUUUCUCGAGAAACCUUCAACGGGCCUCAAUGUAUCAAAAACUGAGUACAUGGGAGUGCGGACCAAGGAUAGAGGAUAGUUCAACUUGUGCCGAUGGCACCGAAUUAAACAAGUUGGACUGUUUCAAGUACCUUGGAUCCAAAGUGACUUCCACAGACGACAUUGAUCAAGAAGGUCGGGCACUUAUUAAUGUAGCAUGGAUGAAAUGGAAAAUGGCAACAGGCAUACUGUGCGACAAGAAAGUCCCUGUUCGACUGAAGUCGAAGAUCUGCAGGACGGUUGUGUUGCCCUUUACGGAUGCAAGUGCUGGCGGACGACGAAAACCUUGGAAAGAGUGUUGCACGCGGAUGUUGAGGUUGACGAUAGGUGCUAAAAGACAACGUAUCAAACGACACUGUACGCUUCAUCUUCGGCGUCGUCCCGAUAACUGA